AUGGUAAAACUUGUACAGGAAUACAGGCGUACUGGAUAUGUAAAGAAUCGUGUCAUCAACAAGUUCACAUACCGUUACCUUCAUAAUCCGACCAACAGAUGUGCGAGUAAUGGUGGAGGGCUUCAAAAUCACACGAAGGACAUAUUUGUGGUGUUCCUAGUGAAGUCAAAGAGUAGUCAUUGGCAACAAAGGAAUGCGAUUCGGCAGACAUGGGGUAAUGAACAUUAUUUCAAUAAUAUUAACAUUAGAACAGUAUUCGUGCUUGGUACGCCUGCAAAUGAAUCUCUUAAUCCCAUUUGGGAUGAAAUUAAACAAUUUAACGACAUUAUUUUAAUGGAUUUUCACGAUACCUAUUUCAACAAUACAUUGAAAACAUCUACCUCAUUGAACUGGGUACCAGAAUUCUGCCCAAAAGCACGCUUUAUUGUUUUAGUUGAUGAUGAUAUUUACGUUUCACUGAAAACAUUGGUUUUGUUCCUGAACCGCCUACCAGCUGAUAAGCGUAUCAAGUUGUAUAUGGGACGUACAUUCGACGGUUAUCAACCCCAUCGUAACACAAAAAGUAAGUGGUUUGUUCCCGUGUCGGAGUACCCAUGGGACACCUAUCCACCAUUCGUAGCAGCCGGAACAGUCAUAAUGACUAUGGAUUUUGUGUCGGACGUACGGACAGCAUUGCCGUAUACCAAAUUGUUCCGUCUAGACGAUGUCUACUUGGGUAUCAUCGCAUACAAACUUGGCGUUUCACCUGUUCACAGUUCUAACGUAUAUGAGUAUCGGACUACGUCAAGAAACGAAUUUGCUCUGACCUCACAUGGAUUCACGCCAAAGCAAAUGAAACUGGCAUGGAAAAUGCACAAAUCCAGAGAACAAAGUAAAAAUAUAAUGAUACCCUGA